AUGGAAUAUGUCGAGGGAAGUACUUUACAAGAAGCCUGGGACCAGAUGAGCAGCAAGAACCAGCAAUCCAUUGUGGCUGAAUUGGUUGGAGCUUUACGUCACCUACACACUUUACGGCUUUCCGACGGCCGCGUUCAAGCUCUGCUACGACAAGCAUUGAAUGAAAUGCUUGCAGAAGGGUUCCAAGACGCAGUCAUUGGCGGCCCAGGUAUUGGGUUUCUCAGAGAUGGCUCAGCUCUUCUUGGUGCCGUCAGCAAGAAAAUGGGGUUGAAAAGGCCUUUUCACACGGCGGAGGCCACUACCUGUCCCGACGGCAUUGUGCUUCGGUCUCACUAUGAAGAUCUUGGUCCCGUGAAGCUCGAAAGCUCCACCAUGGCGCAAUGGGGACAUGAAGCCGUGUUUUGCCACAAUGACCUUACUCCCCGCAACAUAAUGGUCCAGCUAUUCAACAAUACUGAUGGAACCUCGACCUAUAAGCUUAACGCCAUUAUUGACUGGGAACUUGCCGGGUUCUAUCCGGCUUCGUACGAGCUGAGCCUACAAGAUACCUACCUCAGUGGUGGUAACUGGCUGAUUUCCUACUACCUGCUUCUCAAACGGCAGAUGAAGGAUUUGGUACCCAGUUCAUCGUCUCAAGUUUCUUUGCUACGGGCUAUGGAGCUCCUGUUCGAAUCUCGACAGAGGAGACUGGCGGAGUGUUCCAACAUCCCAGCACACAUUCGCAAACGAUUCAUAGAGAGACUGCAACUGCGUCGCGAUGAGGAUCCUUACAUUGGCUGA